AUGUGUUCAGAGGGAACUCUGGUUGGUCCGACAGUCAGGCUGGAGGGUGGCCUCGGGUCCGGGCUGCUGAAGAGGAUUUCUUCCAGGAAGUCUCGUCAGCGAAACAACAGUCCUCAAGAGGCCAAUGAGAUGGGGGGAAGUGGAGACGACAGCGUCCCUGGGAGGCUGAGCCGCAGACUGUCUCGUCUGGGCAGCAGGCAUCAGUCCAGGGAUCCACCGAGACCUCCAGCUCAGCCGGAAAGACCCCCGGCUCCAGGUGAGAGACCUGUGCACCAAGAUGAAAGGCCUGCUCCACCAGCUGCUGCUCCACCUCCACCUCCAGCUCCAGCACCAGCUCCUGCUCCUCCCUCACCGCCCGUGGAUAUGCCGCCUAAACGCACGGACAAAGCAACCAAGCCCAAACUUCCUCCUCGGCCUCUGUCCAAAGUUUUCAGCAGCACUGGCCACGGAGCAGCUGUGUUGCAGGGCUUUGACCAUUUUCGGGCAGAUAAGACUCUCUGCGAUGUCGUCCUGGUUCCAGGGGACAGCAACGAAACCUUCCCGGUCCACAGAGUUAUCAUGGCUUCGUCCAGUGACUAUUUUAAGGCCAUGUUCACAGGAGGCAUGAGGGAGCAGGAUAUGAAAGAGAUCAAACUGCAUGGGGUGACUCAGUUGGGUUUGAAAAACAUUAUAGACUUCAUUUACACAUCCAAAGUCAGCCUGGACAUGGGUAAUCUCCAGGACACGCUGGAGGCUGCAAACUUCUUGCAGGUCAUGCCCGUGCUGAGAUUCUCUAAUCAGCUUCUGAGCAGUGAGAUCACGAUCGAUAACUGUGUGGAAAUCGAACGCAUCGCAACUGACCUGCUUCUGGAGGAAGUUCAGUUUAACAUAGGUGAGUUUGUGAGUCAGAACCUCUUAGCGUUGGUGCAGUGUGGCCGUUACCUCCAGCUCUCAGAGAGCAGCAUGGCCAUGGCUCUGUCCAGCAACUCGCUGGAAGGUUUCUCUGAACUGGAGCUCUACCACAUCGCCAGAGGAUGGCUGGACCACGAACCUCCCAAACGUCGCUUGUCCGUCUUUGCUUUAAUGCGUCAUAUUCGCUUCCCACUGAUGAGCCCGAGUGAGCUGAUCCAGAUCUCACAGGACGAUGAGGAAGGAGGCGACUCCAUGAUGCGCUCUGACACGGCCUGUGUGAACCUCCUGCUGGAGGCCAGCAACUACCAGAUGAUGCCCUUCAUGCAGCCGGCCCUGCAAACUGAGCGGACACAAAUACGCUCAAACUCUACGCAUAUUCUUGCACUGGGCGGCGUGAUGAGGCAGCAGCUGGUGGUGAGCCGCGAGCUGAGGCUGUAUGACGAGAACAGCGACCAGUGGAGGGCCCUGAAACCCAUGGAGGCUCCACGCUACCAGCACGGUGUCGCUCUUCUGGGCGGCUUCCUCUUCAUUGUUGGAGGCCAGAGCACGUACGACACAAAGGGUAAGACGGCGAUCGACAGUGCGUACCGCUACGACCCGCGCUUCGACAGGUGGCUUCAGAUUGCUUCACUCAACGAGAAGAGGACGUUCUUCCACCUCAGCGCACUGAAGGGGAAACUGUUCGCAGUUGGAGGAAGAAACGCGUCAGGAGAGAUCGACACGGUGGAGUGCUACAACCUGAGGAAGAACGAGUGGACAUUUGUGACCAGUAUGGUGGAGCCUCACUACGGUCAUGCUGGAACGGUUCACGGCAACCUCAUGUACAUCUCAGGUGGAAUCACCCGUGACACGUUCCAGAAGGAGCUUUGGUGCUAUGAUGCUGCAGCCGACACGUGGAGCAGGCGUGCAGACAUGAGGGAGCUCCGCGGAUUGCACUGCAUGUGCACCGUGGGAGACAGACUCUAUGUCAUGGGCGGGAAUCACUUCCGAGGCAGCAGCGACUACGACGACGUCCUGGGCUGCGAGUACUACAGCCCCGAGACGGACCAGUGGUCGGUGGUGGCGCCCAUGCCUCGGGGCCAGAGCGACGUCGGAGUGACUGUGUUUAACGGGCAGAUCUAUGUGGUGGGAGGGUAUUCCUGGAACAGCAGGUGCAUGGUGGAGAUCGUGCAGCGAUACGAUCCAGAGCAGGACGCAUGGGACCGUGUGUUCAACGUGCUGGAGCCUCUGGGGGGGAUUCGGGCCUGUACGAUGACGGUUCAUCUCCCGGAGGGGUCAGUGGAUGAGGCUCAGAUACAGGAGUGCCCGCUACCUGCAGUGAAGAACUGAGCACACGCCACAAAGAGGAGGGGUUCCUUCUUCUACUCUGACCACCAUCGAUGAAAAGUGCAAAAAAGUUGUGUUUGCAAACACAAGCUGCAGCUACAAGCAUGGCUAUACAGCAUUGUACAGUUAAAAAGCUCUGCAUCUUUCUUCAAACACCAUCUUUAGUUUCAUUUCCUGUCCUUGUCAGACCUGCAGCGUCACUCCAACACAGCUACUUGUUGUUCCUUCUCUCUGCAGAUAUGCUAAUUAAAAGGAAACAGUCGAUGCAUCCUGAAAGAGAGGGCAAACCCAUGGAGUAUCUUUGUUUUGAAGGUCAAAGUCAGACGCACUAUAAGAGACGAAACAAACCACGUAAAGGAUACUGAAUAAACUGAUACCCAGAAAUGAGUUUGCAUCUUUGCACUUCUCAGUUCCUCAAUCCUGAAGUUGAAGUGUUUUUAAAUGGGGUUUUAGAGACUUUUAAUAUAUAAGUUCUGUGUCAAUCACAAGACAUUUCCUGUUUUAUUCCACAAAAUAAACAUCAGUAAAUACCCUGCCUGUGAGUUUUAAGAUUGUAUGACUUAAAACAAAGGCUAAAAGGCUAAAUAAGACUAUACAGAGGUUGUCUGGACAUGAAACAUCAUCCCAAAGAGCAUGAAUACCAAUCUACUCUAUUCUACCAUUACAGCCUUGAUUUAAUCUCCAAAUAUGGUUACCUCUGGUUUAAAAAAAACCAAGAUGGCGCUGGACACAAGGUCAAACACAAGGCCUCAGCUCACAAACCAGUCAACCUUGUUCUUACUGUGGAAUCAAAAAUAUUAUUUUGCAGGCCACGCAGCUUAUCAUUCAGUGUGUAGGAGAAAAUACAAAACAAAAGAUGAGCUCAUUUCCUCUUAAUUACAGAAUUGUUCCCUACUUACAUUUAAGUACAAGCAGUUUGUUGUCAAAACAAAAGCUCACUCACUCACUUUCAUUUU